AUGGUAGUUAACACCCGCAGCACUAGUCGCAUGACCGAGACUGCGCUAAGUGUGUCGCUCUCGCCGCUGCUCCCGAGCUCUGUGGAAGACGGUACGCCGCCCGGGGGCGACGAGGCCAAGCGCGUGCGUUUCCAGCCUGUGUUCCAGCCCACACACACGGUGUUUACCCCCAGACUGAGCGAAACGGGCUCUCUGCGGUACCGGAAACCGGACGACCGCGCAGUCGGUAGCACGAGUCUCGCGCCCCCCAGUUCUGCCUCGUCGAUCGCGCAACCGAAUUACGACGAUUUCCUGCGACGUGUGAGCGUCGUAUUGUACCAGCACAUCCGGCGCUGUGAGAAGCGAUCGCGUGAGCAGCAACGGAGCGGUCUCUCGGGGGCCGCCAGUCUUUCGAACGCUAUUGCGGCAGCUGUUUCCGCGCUCACGACAUCGGAAGGCCACGAGGCAACGGCUGGUUCUUCCCCUAUACAUUCGAUGGACAGAACAGCAGGAGACGAGGCGGGAGCUCUAGCGCUUGCCUUUGGGUCGAAAGGUUGUGGAGCGGAGGUACCACCCGAACUACAGGCGACGACUGCGAGCAGUCGGUCGUCUCCGAGGUUGAUGGAGUUGCCCGUGGAGGAAACGUUUCUCGAAGAGCAUUUCGUCACGCCGCAGUACAAGUACACGUUUGUGCGGUUCCCAAGAGUGCAUCCCAUGACGGUCUAUAGAAUGGCCAAGAUCACGUCGAAGCGACAUGUGCCAAGUGUGGACGAGAUCUUCCGGUUCUGCAAAAAUCUAUUCAACAAGGCCCAACUGAGUGCCGAGUGCACCAUUGUGUGUCUCAUUUAUAUCGAACGCUUGAUGGAGCAAGCCAAUGUCCCGUUGCUAGCAGCGACCUGGCGUCCUAUCGUGGUUUGUGGGCUACUGCUAGCGUCCAAAGUGUGGCAAGAUCUGAGCUCGUGGAACGUUGAGAUCAGCAAUAUUUAUCCGCAAUUCUCGCUGCAAUCGAUCAACCGACUCGAGCGGCUGUUCCUGCACCACAUUCAGUGGGAUCUCUACAUCUCCGCGACCGUGUAUGCCAAGUACUAUUUCGCGCUGCGGUCCCUGACGGAGAAAAAGGACUUUCGACGUCGGUAUAACUACACGAUGCGCGUGGAUCCGCCAAACUCGAAGCGGCUUGAAGAACGGAGUGCGGCAGUGAAACACGAACUUUACUCCAAGAGUCUCUGA